UACAUGACUCCGCCCCUGGCUUCCAUUUCUGAACUGAGGAGACGGCGCCGCUCUAGCUUAUAGUCCUCGCUUUUUAUAUACACACUUAGCUAAAACUAGGUUCUUUAUUGUAAAUUUCGACUUUUCCAAAGGUAGCAAGAGUAGUGUACUUUUUUUUUUAAUUUGGCGUUCCGUGCUGUCUGAGUUGUGACUAGCUCUUAAGCCACAAUUUUUAUUAUCCGUUUUAACUUUACUAAGCGGCGCUUUCCGCCGUUUUUUUCGGUUUUCUUUUCGCCGCCCCGCUCACUACCCCCUUGCGUGUGAGUAGGGGCCUGCAACGUUGGUUUAGCCACGAGGCACGUCGGUACAGUAGAAACAGAACGAUGGCGGAGUUUGGUAACGGUCUGGCAGAUGAAUCUUUACUAGAUUCAGACUCCGGACAUCCCGAGCUGGAGGACCCGGGUGUCGGCGACGAAGAGCCCGGUUUAGAAGAAGGAGAGGCCGCUAUUGAAGAUCCGGAGCUGGAGGCGAUUAAAGCACGGGUGCGAGAGAUGGAGGAAGAGGCAGAGAAGCUGAAGGAACUACAGAACGAAGUGGAAAAACAGAUGAAUCUCAGCCCCCCACCAGUUGGCCCUGUCAUCAUGUCCAUCGAGGAAAAGAUGGAGGCAGACGGCAGAUCUAUUUAUGUUGGCAAUGUGGACUAUGGUGCCACAGCAGAAGAACUUGAGGCACAUUUCCAUGGCUGUGGUUCAGUAAACAGAGUCACCAUCCUAUGUGACAAAUACACAGGGCAUCCCAAAGGGUUUGCUUAUAUUGAGUUUGCAGACAAAGAAUCUGUUAGGACGGCCAUGGCCUUGGAUGAGUCCCUUUUCAGAGGCAGGCAGAUAAAGGUGGGAGCCAAGAGAACAAACAGACCAGGCAUCAGCACCACAGACCGCGGUUUCCCACGGGCUCGGUUCAGGUCACGGGGAGGCAAUUUCUCCUCACGUGCACGCUACUACAGUGGAUACACCCCACCCAGAGGCAGAGGACGGGCCUUCAGGGGCCGAGGGCGAACAACAUCGUGGUAUUCCCCUUACUAAACACCCCCCCAUACCCCCUCCCACCCCCAAAUACUCCCUUACUAUCAACCCCUUUCCUCAUCUUUGUUCCAUUAAAAAUAAACACACAUGCACACACAAUGUGGUUCUCCCCUCUCCCCCCCCCAACAAUAAAAGAAGAAACCCACAGACGAGAGGAAAAAAAAGACAAAAAAAAGUGUGGGGGGGGGUGCCGGACGAUGGCGUCUGGCCGUGCAGUGAGGUUGUGUGAGAGCGUGUGUGUACAGGUUGGUGCGAUCACCCCUGGUAAGGUAUACGUUGGCCAUUGGGAGGGGUACAGUGGCUGUUUUGUUUUUUUGUUUUGUUUUUGUUUUGAAGGGAGGGGUGGGGGGGGGAGAGACAAAAAGAAAGAUGACAUCUCAGGCUGCAGAUGUGUCUCCUUUGGUCUGGCUGUGACCUCCUGCUUUCACACCAUCACCAACACAGCCCACCCACUCACCCUCCACUACUGUCAAAAGGAAGGUAGAAAAAAGAGGGAGGGAUGAAUUUCUGUUGUUCUCAUGGAGUGUACAAAUGUCCACUAGCCGUGGAGUAUUGUUGUUGUUUGUAGUAUUUCAUUACCUCCACCCUCGUGUGUCUGCUGUUGUGUGCCUCUCUCUCCCCCCGCCCUCCUUUACUGCUUAUUCCCUUUUUUUUUUUGGCUUUCCAGGCCAAAUGAUUUAUUUUUUGUUCUUUUAUUUUGAAAAAUAUUGGAAGUUUUUUUUUUCUUCCCACCACCAUUGCAUCCUGCAGCUCAUCAGGUCAUCCUGCAGCUCCACCUCUUUUUCUUUGACAGAGUUUGCUCCUCCAUGUUUGCCCCCACCCCUCCCUCUUACCCCUUGUGCACCUUGUCUCCAGUCUCUCCACCCCCCCGCCCCCCUCCUCUCUCUGUAUAUUAGACCACUUCUUGUCGUUUCAGGUUUCAGGACCAGUGGAGGCUGACAACUCCUCCCCAGGUGGCGCCGGCCCCCCCCACUGUCUCAGCAGCAUCUCUCUCUCUCUCUGCUCCCACUAUGCACACUCACCCCAUCCUGUCGGUGUGGGGGGGUGGGGGUGGGGGUCAGAGCGACCACAGGCCUGCUGCAGGAGGCAUUUACUACAACAGCAAACGCUGACGCUUUUAGUCCUUUACAUACUUUGAAUCUCUCCUACACACAAACACACACACUCUUGCGCACACACACCCACACAACAGCACACACAUACUGCAGUGGCACGUAACCGGUUGCCAACCCAACACACCAUUUAAACGGCUGAAACAAAGCUUGAGUGUCAGGCAAGUUUGCGUGAGUGAGGAAGGCAGGAGCAGGGAUGGGGGUGAUCUUUGGGGUGUGCAGCACUAACCUGGAGGCCCCCCCUUUCUCUGACUACGCAGAGUGCAGAAAGACUGAACUAACAGCAGUGAUCAAUAAUUCAAAGGAGUGGGCUGGAGCUGUUUUAGGAUGGGGAAAGUCAGGGGGUGGGGUUUGAGCAGGUUUUUGUUUCUUUUC